AUGGCCAUGAACGGGUUGUGUAGAGUGUUCACUUCGUCAAGAGUCUUAUCAUCAUACGUUACGCUUUUGUCAUCUCAAAUUCCAAACAAAACUAAGAAACCUCUAGUUGAGAAUAGAAGAUUAUUACCUCAGCUUUUGUGUGUAAGAGCGAUGGCGACUGAGAAACAAAGACAACAUGCACAACCUGGGAAAGAACAUGUCAUGGAAACAACUCCACAGUUCUCUAGCUCUGACUACCAACCCUCCAACAAGCUUCGUGGAAAAGUUGCGUUGAUAACUGGUGGAGACUCUGGGAUAGGUCGAGCGGUGGGAUACUGUUAUGCACUCGAAGGUGCCACGGUAGCUUUCACUUAUGUGAAGGGUCAAGAGGAGAAAGAUGCACAAGAGACUCUACAAAUGUUGAAGAAGGCAAAAACUUCAGAUGCUAAGGAACCAAUUGCUAUUCCUACUGAUUUAGGAUUCGAUGAGAACUGCAAAAGGGUCGUUGAUGAGGUCGUUAACGCGUUUGGACGCAUUGAUGUCUUGAUCAAUAACGCAGCAGAGCAGUACGAGAGUAGUACUAUCGAAGAGAUCGAUGAGCCUAGACUUGAACGAGUCUUCCGUACUAAUAUCUUCUCUUACUUCUUCCUCACAAGGCAUGCGUUGAAACAUAUGAAGGAAGGAAGUAGCAUUAUCAACACUACAUCAGUGAACGCUUACAAGGGUAACGCUUCUCUACUCGACUACACGGCUACAAAAGGAGCUAUCGUUGCGUUUACUCGAGGACUUGCUCUUCAGCUUGCGGAGAAAGGUAUCCGUGUCAACGGUGUGGCGCCUGGUCCGAUAUGGACACCGCUUAUCCCGGCCUCGUUUAAUGAGGAGAAGAUUAAGAAUUUUGGGUCGGAGGUUCCGAUGAAACGAGCUGGUCAGCCAAUUGAGGUGGCACCUUCGUAUGUUUUCUUGGCUUGUAACCAUUGCUCUUCUUACUUCACUGGUCAAGUUCUUCACCCCAAUGGAGGAGCUGUGGUGAAUGCAUGAGCUUGGAAUGGAUCGGACACGGCUGUCUUUAAACGUCUAAGGUUUUAAAUAUGGUUACAUAAGUUGUUAUGUUGUUGUCGGUUUAAGGGCAUCUUGUUAAGUCAUGUAUAUGCUAGUAAUGUAUCAACGUACCUUUCGUACUAGUAUGGUGGAACUAGAAAAUAUAUGUUACAAUAAAGACCUUCCACAUCUAUAGUGUUUUGGGCGUUUUCGCUAUCUAUAAUGCAAAAACUGUAAAAAUGGUACAA